GCACGCGUGUGCGUGUGUCGCGCACAGCAGUGUAUACACUGUGUAUACGCGACGGCGAAGGUGAAAAUGUUGGCAAAGACCGCGGCGCGCUGACAUAGGUGACACGACGGAGUGGGACGCGUCUCGUGGACACAUAGUGAAAGCGCAACGACGACGGCGACGACGACGACGACGACGACGACGACGACGACGGCGACGGCGGCGAGAACGACGACGACGAAGCGGACGAUCCUGCGGCGAUCACUAUAGCAGUAGGCGAGGAGCAGGGAAGCGCGGGAGCGCGCAGCGACCGCGGUGUUCAUCGUUGAGGCGCCGCGUUUCGCGUACGAGCGCGCAUCGUCGCUCGGCACGUUCGCCAGUGCGGCGCGUAUACUCCGGUUUGCUCGCGCUCCUUCACGCCGACGGUUAUCUUGCGCACACACGCGCGCGCGAGCGCGCGUGCUCACACACACACACACACACACACACACUCUCUCUCUUUCUCCGUCUGUCUUGAAGCGCCCGAGGACGAUCAGCUGUUGUGGGUGUUCCGUACGUCGUGUGUCCAUCAGCGAUCGGACAUGCCCGUCCCGCGGGCUAGAUACCGCGACACGAAACACUAAAUGUAACGUCAAACAAACGGUGUGCAGCAGGUGCGAGAAAGGUCGAGUUACGACAUCGUCGGAGACGAUGAGGCGGCGGUUCGACGACGGUGCCGUUUCAGCAGCUUAACGCGCAGGGCACGUUGGAGCAUGUGCGGGAGGUGACGGAGGCUCGGUACGACGACGGGGAUUAUGACGAGCGGCGCGUGGGUCCAUCGACGUCCGCGCAGCUACACCGGGGUGAACCGUGCGUGUUUGCCAUGUACAUAUGAUUAUCCGGGUUCAUGCGUUCCCUUACUGCCAGCGGCGAGCGAACAGCGACGGCGACGACGGGCGCGGAAGGGAGCAGCACCAGCACCUCGCCGCGGGGGGAACGGCGUACGCGGGCCUCCUCGUCGUCCGUAACCGGCAGCGACGUCCAGGGGAUGCCUAGCCUACACUCGCUCGUCUUACGACGGGCACCACUGAUGGACAUGGGUGCCGCCACCAGUUCGGUCACCGCCGUCAAUCCACCCGCCAAGAUCACCAGCCAGAAGAAGAUCGACAAGGCGUCCAAGAUCAGCAGCGGCAUCCGGCUGCCCCUGAUACGCAAGGAGGCCAGCGUGGUGAAUCUCUCCUUGACGGAGAGAACGGCGCCGGGCGGCAGGGAGGCGGACGCGCCUCUCCUGCGUCCUGAGAGCAGCGCGAGCCUCGAGGCACGUGGCGGCAGCUGGAUGAACCUGGGCCCAGGCGCGUUGAGGAAGUGCGAGACGGCCGUGGGACUGAGCACCUCCGCUCUCGAGGGGAGACCCAUAAAUCGCAGCAGAGUCUGCUCCCGUUGCUCCAGCCUCUUGUCCCUGGCGUCCAGCUCGCGCUACAGCCUGGCCGCUGGCAACUUUGUUCCUGCGGGCUCGCAGCAGACAAUCGGACGGAUAUUUUGUAAGCUGUGUCUCGUCGACACUUCUCUCUCCAAAACAUUUAAGAUUGAGGGAUGCGGUUGUUCCUAUUGUAAAGAUUGUAUGCGUGCCUACGUAGAGUUUGAGAUUGAGGAAGGCGCGUAUGAAAUUAGUUGUCCUGAUGCUCAGUGUGAUCAUGGCGCCAUACUAUCCUUGAAAGAGAUAUCAAGUCUUGUCAACACGGAACUCGUGGAGAAACACUGCAAGUUUCGUUUAAAUAGAGAUGUGUCAAUGGACAAAGGACGUGCGUGGUGUCCACGAGCGGGUUGUGAAACAAUAUGUUCGAUAAACGGCAAGAGUGAGAGCGGCACUCCUUUAGGUCCUGUUCACUGUCCCAACUGCUCCACAAAUUUCUGUUCAGUAUGUCGUGAGCCUUGGCACAACGGGGCCUGUUCAGAUCUUCCAUUAGGAAUACCGUUCGGUAGCGAUCACAUUAAGUGUUGUCCUAUGUGUUCCGUGCCGAUAGAAAAGGACGAAGGUUGUGCUCAAAUGAUGUGCAAAAGAUGUAAACACGUGUUUUGCUGGUACUGCUUAGCAUCCUUAGAUGACGACUUUCUGUUGCGACAUUACGACAAGGGACCAUGUAAGAAUAAAUUGGGCCACUCACGUGCGUCCGUGAUAUGGCAUCGAACGCAAGUUAUCGGAAUCUUCGCUGGUUUUGGCAUACUUCUACUUGUCGCAUCGCCCUUGCUGUUAUUAGCGGCACCUUGCAUCGUAUGCUGUAAAUGUCGCGUCUGCGGCUCUUCCAGACUUGAACAAGAGGAAGGCGACACGACAACAUAGGACCUUCCAAACUUUUUAAUAGAAUUCUCGCUUAAUUAUUUCUUUGAGCUAAAAUAUAAGCACUUUUCCUAGGCUUCCACACAUGGGAGACAAUAUAAUUGGCAACCUAUAUAGAUAUACAUUGCAUUUUGUUAAGUUUACGUUUUAUUUUAUUUUUUGCGUCUUACUAGAAGAUACAUAAUAUAAAAGGGCAGAAUGCAUAUCUCAGUCAAGAGAGGAGAGAGACAGAGCAUAUUGUGAUUAAUUAUAUAUUUAUGUUUUAGAUGUUUGGACAGAAUAAGAGAUGUUGUAAUUUGUAUAGUUAUAAUAUAUUUGUUCAGAUAUACAUUUAUUUUAUAUAGUCACUUAAUAAGUUUUAUAUGAUGAUUAAUUUU